CCAAGGAUGUCGUGGGGUCGUGUUUGUUUUAUAGUAUAUUAUUUGUGUUCUUGGCAGUAUGAACAAUACGAAUCAAGAGCAGUUUGCCCACAAGAAACUUGUUAUGAAUCCAGAUAUAUUCCACCAUUUGCUAAAAGUCCACUGAAACCUAGUUGUCAACCAAAUCAUAGUCCGAAGUGUAUAAAUCCAGUAUUCAAUGGACCCUAUAAACCGCAACAACAAGACUAUACUAAAAUUACAUGGCCUUUAUAUAGUUUACCUACAAGGACAAAUAUAUUCGUAUAUUUUACAUGGCCAGCACAACCUACAAUUAAUUAUGGAAUUGCUAGUGGUGAAACAGUAUUUCCAAAUCCCAGCUCAGUCAGCUAUCAUGUUAAUCCUGUCGUUAUGGUAACAGUAGAUGAAAAUGGGUCUGUAGAAACAGAUGUUCAAACUUGUGUCGAUUUUUCAUAUGACGAUGCUAAUGUGCCAUCAAAAGUGGUAAUUGAUAAAGAUAAAGGAGUAUAUGAUAAAAAGCAAGUGGAAAAAGUAAUACCUGUCACAGAACCUGAUGUCGAUAAAUGCAGUGAAGGAGAGAAGCCUUACCUUAAAGCACCAAAAGAGAAACCUGAGGCUGAAGCACCAGCAAAAGAGAUUAGCGAUGCCUCAAGAAUGUCUCCUAAAAAUUUAGGUCCUGUGUUAUUUCCGCCUCCCCCCCGCGACGACGAUACAGAAUCAAUAGAUGAUGAUCUAAACGAUAUGUGUGAAUCUACAAAUUAGAAAUCAAAAUCAAAUGACAAACAUGAACCACCGCCAAAAGAGGUGCAAGAUGAAAAGAAAGCAUAAGAAGAUCCUAAUCCUGAACCAUCGGCAGAGGAUUCUAAACAACCGGGAAAGGUGUUAAAAUUUAAAUCGUUGGAACCUAAGUCUGAACCACCAGCAUAAAAGACUGAAGAUAAGAAGGAAAAAAAAUUGGGCCAAAAAAAAAUGGGCCGGUGCUAUUUCCAAGUAGUCCAAGCGACGAUGAGACAGAAUGAGAUGACUAUGAUACAACAGACGCGUAUGAACCUAUAGACCAAAUGAACAUCAAAAUCAGUGUAAAAUGUAACAAACACCAAUUAGCCACAGUACCUGAAAUAAUUUAACAAGUGUCCUGCGCGCCACUAUUACAACAUUUUAACAGCCA